AUGGGUAUUUGUGCAAGCAAAAACAAAGAUCCAAGACCAGAGCAAAAUGGGUAUAGUAGAGGAGUAAAUGAGCAAAAUCAAUCAAAAACAUCAUCAGCUGGGCAGCAAAAUCAGCAGUAUCCUCAGCAGCCGCCACCGGAGAGACCGGUUGCGCAACCGCCUGUUCGAGUUCCAAGCCCUGCUAAAUCAACUGCAAGAACUGAUUCAAACACAAUUGUAGGAAAACCCUUUGAAGAUGUGAAGAUGCACUAUACAAUGGGGAAAGAAUUGGGUAGAGGUCAAUUUGGUGUUACCUAUCUUUGUGUUGAUAAACAAACAGGUCAACAAUUAGCUUGUAAGUCAAUCUCAAAGAAAAAACUUGUGACAAGAGCUGAUAAAGAGGAUAUGAAAAGAGAGAUUCAGAUCAUGCAACAUUUGAGUGGUCAACCUAAUAUUGUUGAAUUUAAGGGAGCUUAUGAGGAUAAGACAUCUGUUAAUCUUGUCAUGGAAUUGUGUGCUGGUGGAGAAUUAUUUGACAGGAUCAUUGCUAAAGGGCAUUACAGUGAGAAAGCUGCUGCUACUAUUUUGAGGCAGAUUGUUAAUGUUGUUCAUGUUUGUCAUUUCAUGGGUGUGAUGCAUAGGGAUUUGAAGCCUGAGAAUUUCUUGCUUUCUAGUAAGGAUGAAAAUGCUGCUUUGAAAGCUACUGAUUUUGGGCUUUCUGUGUUUAUUGAAGAAGGUAAAGUCUAUCGAGAUAUAGUAGGUAGUGCUUACUACGUUGCUCCUGAGGUAUUGCGUCGUAGGUAUGGUAAGGAGAUCGACAUUUGGAGUGCUGGAGUUAUGUUGUACAUUUUACUCAGUGGUGUUCCACCCUUUUGGGCUGAAACGGAAAAAGGGAUAUUUGAUGCUAUUCUGCAAGGACAUAUUGAUUUUGAAUGUAAGCCAUGGCCAACAAUCUCUAAUGGCGCCAAAGACCUAGUAAAGAAGAUGUUGACAUCAGAUCCCAAAAAACGAAUCACUGCUGCUCAAGUUCUUGAUCAUCCAUGGCUCAAGGAUGGUGAGGCCUCAGACAAGCCUAUUGAUAGUGCUGUUCUCUCUAGGUUGAAGCAAUUUAGAGUCAUGAACAAGCUCAAGCAACUAGCGCUGAAGGUCAUCGCUGAGAAUCUUCCUGCAGAAGAAAUCCAAGGGCUGAAACAGAUGUUUGCAAACAUGGACACUGAUGGCAGUGGGACAAUCACCUACGAAGAAUUGAAAGAGGGAUUGGCCCGUCUUGGAUCAAAGCUUACUGAAACUGAAGUGAAGGCACUCAUGGAAGCUGCUGAUCAAGAUGGAAGUGGAUCAAUUGAUUACAUCGAAUUUAUCACAGCCACAAUGCAUCGGUAUAGGCUUGAGAGAGAUGACCAACUUUACAAAGCAUUCCAGUUUUUUGACAAAGAUAAUAGUGGGUUCAUCACCACAGAUGAGCUAGAAGCAGCAAUGAGGGAGUAUGGGAUUGCUGAUGAGAACUGCAUCAAAGAUAUAUUGAUGGAAGUCGACACUGACAAUGAUGGAAGAAUAAACUUUGAUGAGUUUGUUGCAAUGAUGAGAAGUGGUACUCAGAAUCCAGCUGCUAAACUCUUUUGAUGUACUCUUACUCUGUGUGAUCGUUCCACCUAUCUACUGCAAGGUGAUGUUCGAGGGAUACUGUUGGUUAGAAAGACAGGCUGGUUCCCCUAGAUCAAACGACUAAGUCGGAUGAGGCCCAUCGUUUGUAACAUGGUUGAGUUUUUUGUAAAAAGUUUGUGCAUACACAAUAUCCCUUGGACUUGGGAGUUAUGUUAUUUUAAAUUUGAGUUGGAAGAUUUUUGGACAUGUUUGAAGAUUUCUGUAAUGCGCUCGGAGAAACUAAUGGCUCUCAUCUGUGUUAAUUUCUAGAUGUUGGGCGACAAAACAACCUUAAAGAGAGUUAUAUAUGUAUUUUCUACAAAGCCUCUCAGAGGAUCCAUUUGUAAGCUAUCUAUUCAAGAAACCUUUUUUACCCAGAGUUCA